UUUGCAGGCCUUCUCCAUGUGUGAGAAGAUUGACGUCUGAAUGAGCCAUGUUCUCACCUUCCUUUGAAGUUAGCUCCAAAUUCUCUUUCUCUGAUGCUAAUGUAAGAUCAACCUUGUUAUGUUGUAACGAAAUGAGGUCUUCUUUUCUAUCUGGCUGUUUUGGGACUUAUCUGAGGAAAUGCAUGCUUCCCAAACAAGAGACGGAGAGCUUUACCAGUUGGGCCUUCAGAUAUUCCCUAACGAGUCCCUCUCCAGGCUGCUGGCUGCACCACAGCCCCCCUGCUCUGUGAAGGGAAGUGCGCUCAGGGUGGGCAUCACCUAGGUGCUAAACUCAGACACCUCUUGGUAGUCCCUUGUGGAAUUUUGACGGCAAAUAGACACGUUCAGCAGCCACAGCCCGAGAAGGACAUGGGACCUGCAGAGAUGUGGCUCUGGGUCAUACCAUCAGGGAAGGCUCAGAUACGCAGAGGCGCUGGGUGAGGGUGAGGGGAAUCCAGAAUGUGUGGUAGAGACUGGAGAUAAUGAGCCUGAGUUAACCAACGUCAGGCGCAGGGGCUGUUGUGACCUUCCUCUUCUAGUGACCUUCCUCUUCUAAGCUUCCCACAGGAAAAGCCGGCCCACCAGAUCUGGGCAGGGCUGCCUUCAGAAGUCGCAUGGAGACUCCCGCAAUGUUGACACCUGCUGCGUCACUCAGAUACCCCUUCAGAACCCAAGAACUCGGCCCCCGAGCUGCCCGGAGAGUUGCCAGUGGAGGGCCCUGUCCGUCAAUCCUCUUGGAGAGUGUCUCAGCUGAAGAGAGCUGCCGCAUGGCCCCUUUCCCAGGUGGUCCAGUGCCUGUGGAGGUGGGCAUAUCUGGGCCUGGCCCCCUGCCCCAGCGCUGGACAGCUUUGUAGGCGUCAGCUGAGGCCUCCCUUAAAGCUGUAUUGCUCAUAGCCAACUUCUGUCCCUGCCCAAUUCUGCUUCCCUCCCUACCUGCCCCCCCCCCCCCCGGGUCAUGGUCCCAAGGGCACCCCUCCUAAACUUUCCUCUCACUAGCCCCAGUCACAGUUUGCUUCCUGGGAAAACCAAUUUGGGACAACCAUGACAGAAACUUCGGAAUUUUUUUUUUUUUUCCCCUGAGUUGGGAUUUAUUUGGAGGGUUUUUUCACGGGGGCCUACCUUAAACUGACUUACUCAUUCAAAUAACUGAUUUUUAUGCCAUGUCAAAAACUCACUGUCGGGGGCAAGAGUGGACACAGACCAGGUAGGAGUACUGCCCUGGCCCAGGUAGGAAAUGGAAAGGCUGGUACAGGGUGGUGGAGGUGGGAGUAGGGGAAAGUCACUGGAUUUGAGAUAGAUUUUUAACGUAGAGCAGACCGACCUGGGCUGCCCUCCUUCUGUCUCCUUCCUUGACCAGACAACAAAGAGCUUCUCCCUCAGUAAUGGGCCCCUAGAGCAGGAGACCUCUCAACUCUGCCAGCCCCGUUCUAAGCUGGGAGCUCAGAAUGGCAGGAGAAAGUGUGGCAGGUGUGGUCUGGUGUCCCCAGUUCCUUGGGCAUGAGCUGAAGGCUCCUUCACCUGCCCCCCUCGUCCACCUCCAAGAACUCUGCUCUCAAGGAAAGAAUAGCAUCUAGAAAGUACAUCCGGUGUGAUGGUCCCUUACACUGAUGGCACUUUACAGAUUACAAAAUGCAUUUAUUGUAUUGCUCUGCGAACAUCACAAACCCUACUAACAGGAGAGUUCAUAGGUGGGGAACCAGGGACUCAGUGCGAAUGAGAAUUAGAAUGUAUACAGUCAUGAAUGAGCAUGUACUGGAAUUUAUAGGGAACAUUGUGGUUUCUGCUCUGGAAGAAUGCCUAUGGGUGCAGCCACUUUGGAAAACAGUAUGGAGGUUCCUCAAAAAGUUAAAAAUAGAGCUUCCCUAUGACCCAGCAAUUGCACUACUGGGUAUUUACUCCAAAGAUACAGAUGUAGUGAAAAGAAGGGCCAUACUGCACCCCAAUGUUCAUAGUAGCAAUGUCCACAAUAGCCAAACCGUGGAAGGAGCCGAGAUGCCCUUCAACAGACGAAUGGAUAAAGAAGAUGUGGUCCAUGUAUACAAUGGACUAUUACUCAGCCUUCGGAAAGGAUGAACACCCAACAUUUGCAUCAACAUGGGACUGGAGGAGAUCAUGCUGAGUGAAAUUAAAGCAUUACUCUCUUGGCAACCUUGGCAUAAGCCAAGAAUCUGACGUUUAUGAGAUGCUACGGGAGCAACAGGAGUUUAAACAAAAAGUAGUCUACCUCAUUCCAGCUUCUGCAGGAAAUCCUGGAGUCUGAGGAGAAAGGCGACCGGCCUGCCCCUGUUCAAGGCCUGGCGUGUGGUCACUCCUCGCUGAAACACAGGAAACCCAUACUUUCCAUACUGCUGAUUUAAAAUAGUUUUGUUUUGGAGAGAGUAAAGGAAUACCAAGAAUUCAUGAACACUAACAAUCAUUGGAACUUCUUUGACUCUCUCUGGUCAAGAUGGAGCGGGACAAGUGUGAAUUGGGCCAUGAGGUGCAUCAUUUUCUUCUUUCUGGUGGCAUUGAGCUAGCAGAGAGUUAUGGCCCUGUGUUCACGGUGUAUUUUGGCAUGAAGCCCACUGUGGUGUUAUAUGGAUAUGAAGCGGUGAAGGAAGCUCUGAUUGAUCGGGGUGAGGCGUUUUCUGGCAGAGGCCCUUUCCCAGUGGUGGACUGGACCAGCCGGGGAUUUGGAAUUAUUUUCAGCAAUGGAGAAAGAUGGAAGCUAACCCGACGUUUUUCCAUCACGAUUUUGCGGAAAAUGGGGAUAGGAAAGAAGACUAUUGAAGACAGAAUUCAAGAGGAAGCCUUGUGUCUGGUGGAAGCAUUAAAAAAAACCAAUGCAUCUCCCUGUGAUCCUGCGUUCCUUCUGGGCUGUGCUCCCUGCAAUAUCAUCUGCUCCAUUAUUUUCCAGAAUCGUUUUGAGUAUGAUGAUAAAACAUUCUUAACCUUGAUAGAAUAUUUUCAGGAAAACUUCCUAAUUUUAAGCACCUCCUGGAUACAGCUCUACAAUGCUUUCCCUCUUUUAAUACAUUACCUUCCAGGAAGCCAUCACGUGUUAUUUAAAAAUAUUGCUAAACAAUUUGAGUUUAUUAUGGAAAAAAUACAAGAACACCAAGAAUCCCUGGACUUCAAUAACCCUCGGGACUUUAUUGACUACUUCCUGAUCAAAAUAGAAAAGGAAAAACACAAUAAACAGACUGAAUUUACCAUGGACAACUUGAUCGUUAGCAUAUGGGAUAUGUUUGGUGCAGGAACAGAGACAACGAGCACCACCCUGAGAUAUGGAUUCCUCAUGCUGCUGAAGUACCCGGAGAUCACAGCUAAAGUCCAGGAAGAGAUUCACCGUGUGGUUGGCAGACAUCGGAGCCCCUGCAUGCAGGACAGGAGCCGUAUGCCCUACACGGAUGCUGUGGUUCACGAGAUCCAGAGAUACAUCGACCUCGUCCCCAACGGUCUCCCACAUGCAGUGACUCAGGAUAUUAAGUUCAGAGAAUACAUUAUUCCCAAGGGCACAGUCGUAUUAACAUCUCUGACUUCUGUCCUGCAAGAUGACAAAGAGUUUCCCAACCCAGAUCGCUUUGAUCCCGGCCACUUCCUGGAUGAAAGUGGCAACUUUAAGAAGAGUGACUACUUCAUGGCCUUCUCAGCAGGAAAGAGAGCUUGUCUUGGAGAAGGCCUGGCCCGCAUGGAGCUCUUUUUAUUACUGACCAACAUUUUACAGCAUUUCACCUUGAAACCUCUGGUUGAUCCAAAGGACAUUGACACCACCCCAAAAGUCAGUGGGUUGGGUGCAUUGCCACCCUUCUUCAAGCUCUGUUUCGUUCCAGUCUGAAGAAAGGCCAGGCUGCCAGACUGCAGAGCCACUCUCUGGCCUCAGCUGAACAAGCCAGAUGCUUUCUGGCCUCUGUGUUAGCCACUGUCCACCUCUCCUUUCACGUCAGGGAGGACAUUCCUAAACCUGUCUCUUCUCAUUGUCCUCAUCUUUUAAGAUUCAGUUCAAAUUUACCCACAUGAAACAAAACUCACUGUUACUUUCCAAUUAAAUUCUUUGUGUUUCUAAAUGCAAUUCUAAAUUCUAGUUUAGAAUUUAGAAUUUAGAAUUCUAAUUCUAAAUCCAAUUGUGAGAUUAUGCUAUAUCUCAUCUGCAGUGUAUACCAAUGUAAGGCACCUUAUUAAUAUAUUUUCUUCUAUUAAAAUUUAAAAAUUAGGGGCGCCUGGGUGGCUCAGUCGUUAAGCGUCUGCCUUCGGCUCAGGUCAUGAUCCCGGGGUCCUGGGAUCGAGUCCCACAUCGGGCUCCUGCUCGGUGGGAAGGCUGCUUCUCCCUCUCCCACUUGCCCUGCUUGUGUUUCCUCUCUCGCUGUGUCUCUCUCUGUCAAAUAAAUAAAUAAAAUCUUAAAAAAAAAAUUAAAAAUUAUCCUAUGAGUUAAAUUUUUUUUUAAUAUAUGAUAUUCACUAAUUUCUUACCCCUGUCUCUUGAUAGUUUGGCAUGUGUAUUUUUGUUUUUUUCCCUGUGGUUAUUAAUAAAUGGGUGGGGUACACAUUUGUGUAGGUUUGCAUGUACAAAUAUGUACAUGCAGGGAGAAAACGGGAUGGUCAUUUCAGCCAGAGGCAAUAACAUGAGAUAAAAUAUGAAUUUGUUGGUCUCUCCAAGGAUGCUCUUCCUGUUUUCCCCUACUGGUUAAACAC